AUGGCUCCCAAGGUUGCGAUUGUUUUUUACUCGAUGUACGGCCACAUCGUGAAGUUGGCCGAGGCUGAGAAAAAGGGCAUUGAGUCCGCCGGUGGCAAGGUCGACAUCUUCCAGGUCGCCGAAACCCUGAGCGACGACGUCCUGGCGAAGAUGCACGCCCCGCCCAAGUCGAGCUACCCGAUCGCCGAGCCUACGGAGCUGCUGGAGUACGAUGCCGUGCUGUUUGGCAUCCCCACGCGCUACGGUAACUUCCCCGCCCAGUGGAAGGCCUUCUGGGACAAGACCGGCUCCAUCUGGGCCACCGGUGGCUUCUGGGGCAAGUACGCCGGCCUCUUCAUCUCCACUGGUACCCCCGGUGGUGGACAGGAGUCGACUGCCAUUUCCUCCAUGAGCACGCUCGCCCACCACGGCUUUAUCUACGUGCCCCUCGGCUACAAGACCGUCUUCGGCCAGCUUGCCAACCUUAGCGAGGUCCACGGUGGCAGCCCCUGGGGUGCCGGCACGUUCGCUGGGGCCGAUGGCUCCCGCCAGCCCACCGAGCUGGAGCUCCAGGUCGCCGAGGCCCAGGGCAAGGCCUUCUACGAGGCCGUCGCCAAGGUCAACUGA